UGGGCUGGCCUCACCAGGAUGGAUGUUCGUCCUGACAUCCUCUUCACUGCCCCCGACACGACUACUCCGCCCGCCGAGAUGAUAACAGACAAGCUACAGGGCCUGGACAAUGUCAUCACCGGCGCCCAGCUGGGUACCCUCGAUCCCAACAGCUCCUCGUUCCAGACCCUGCUUGCAAGACGACACAAGCGCCCUGACAUGCCCACGCGCAUCUCCCUGCCCACGUCCGAUCUUGACGACGAAGUCUUCCCAUCCCCUCCUCCGACCCAUGCUCUGCUCUCCCCGCUACCCGAAGCCAAUAAGCGCUUCGCCGGUCACACCCCGUUGAUUCCACGCGCCCUGUCUCCGGUCCAGGACGAGCAACCCACGGUUCAAGAGCCGCCUGCUCACGAGGAAGAAGCACGGUUCGGUACACCACCAGAAGAUCAGCCCUUGAUAGGUCCGCUCAUGCUACCAACCAAUCCCGUCGAUGGCGCUAGUGACCACAUAGCACUGGACGUGCUCGAUGAUGUGCUCGAGAAGGUUGCCAAGGACCAGGACAGGUUCAGCAAACUAAAAGAUGCCCCCGAACCCGCCGCUCCCCCGGCCACUGCAGACAAUGCUGAAGAAGGCUUGCCACUGAGUCGCAAGGGAUCUGCCGAAUCUCGCAAUUCAUGCGCCACCGAAGUCGACGGAGUCAGGCUCAAGAGUCCUCCGCUCAAUUUUGGAGUACCCAUUGGACAAGUAUAGACUACGUCGCAAUCACAGUCC